AUGAGCAAGUCUCUUCCAGCGGCCCGAGAGCUGCGCCAGUUCGUAUUUCUAGACCGUCAAGGCUCAUCCUGGUUCGAUAUCAGAAUAUACGAUGCUCUUAGCCCAGAGGGAACUGUGGGCUCGCUGCAUCGGGUGCGAAGCUUUGCUGCACCCAACCUUACCCAUACUUCUGCUGCUUUCCUGGGGUGUGAAAGCAUGCACUCAGGAAUUGAGUUGGUUGUGUUUGUUGACAAGGCCGAUCCCCACAUGGAUUGGACGGACAGAGAGUUCUCGAACCAAGGAUGGCAGCUUGGGAGAGAGACGCCAAUAUGGGCCUUUCCCAUACAUUCCGUCGGCCAUGGACGUCUGUCCAUGGUUCAUCCCGCUGGCCGAUCCAAGGGCUGGGAGGCGAAGCGGCCAGGGAGAUGCAAGGGAAAGCGAACAUCGCAAUUACCGCCAACUGCCACUGCCACUGCCACUACUACCGACCAACCGACUAGCCGAGCAGCCCAACAAGAUAUCCUCGGACAUUAA